UUUGGCUUUUAUCCAAAUCCAAGUUCAUAUUCGUUUACUUGCUAGUCUUCAGCCAUCGCCACUGUCUCUUUGUUUCCCACCAAUUUUGUGUUCUUUCAUUCUAUUUCACUAUUCCAAUCCGAGUUUGGAACUCAGAGAUUUUCUCGGUUCUCUUUCGGAUCUCUCACAUUUUAAUCCCCAAGUUUCUGUGUGCAAUUUGAAGGUUUAAUGGUUUUCAGGGAUUUGAUUUCGUAGCUUUGAAGUUUUGUGUAGGGAGAAUCAAAUUUCCCUUGUAAACUAUGGAUAGGAUUGGAUCCUUCAAUCACCAUACUGCAUCAAAUGGUUUCCAGAAUUCUUGUAAUAGGGAUACCGAAUUUGGCGCCAAUGAUAGGAGGUUCGCUUUCUCACGUCAAGCUUCGUCUAAGCAAUGGCAAGAGCCGUCCCAUACACCGAUUUCUACCAACUCCGAUGAGUUGGCCAAGCCUUUGCUUUCGCGGAGUAUGUCGAGCAUAAACAUUCCGCCUGGGAGAUACUUUUCUUCCGAAAGUAAUAACUUCUUUGGUGUAAAGGAUAAUUCAGGUGAUAAAUUAUCGGUUUUAUCACUCGCAUUUUCGAUUUUAGAGAAUGUGAGAUCUGGGAAUUUGUAUGUGAAGAGGUUGUUUAUUAUGAUUUUUCUCAAUGUCCUGUAUUCGACUGCCGAGUUAGCUAUUGGUCUCCUUACUGGCCGUAUUGGCCUGGUUUCUGAUGCAUUUCAUUUGACUUUUGGCUGUGGUCUUUUGACAUUUUCAUUGUUUUCUAUUGCUGCCUCUCGGAGUAAGCCUGAUCAUGUUUACACUUACGGGUACAAGAGACUAGAGGUUUUGGCUGCCUUUACGAAUGCUCUAUUUCUUCUGUUUCUGUCUUUCUCGUUAGCAGUGGAAGCGCUCCAUGCAUAUAUACAAGAUGAAUCUGAGCACAAGCACUACUUAAUUGUCUCAGCCGUAACAAAUUUAAUGGUUAAUCUUAUAGGUGUUUGGUUCUUCAGGAACUAUGCUCGCAUUAAUCUUGUGUACAGAAAAGCUGAAGAUAUGAACUACCAUUCAAUUUGCUUGCAUGUUCUUGCAGAUUCUAUCCGCAGUGCAGGUCUGAUAUUGGCGUCAUGGUUUUUGUCUCUUGGGGUUCAAAAUGCUGAAGUCUUGUGCCUAGGACUGGUUUCGGUUGCAGUCUUUAUGAUUGUCAUUCCGCUCUUUAGAGCAACCGGUGGUGUUUUACUUCAAAUGGUACCACCUAGCAUUCCAACUUCGGCAUUAAGCAAAUGUUUGAGACAGAUUACAUCCUUGGAAGACGUAUUAGAAGUCACUCAAGCGCGAUUUUGGGAAUUAGUACCCGGUCAAGUUGUUGGCUCACUCUCUCUAACGAUAAAGAAAGGAACGGACAAUCGCCAAACACUUGAGUUUGUGCAUGGUGUGUAUCAUGAAUUGGGCAUUCUGGAGUUAACAGUGCAAAUAGAAGAUGCUUGAGUUUCUGCUGCUCCAUAGUUCUUCUCAGUCCCCCAUAUCGUCAAUGAUGGUUUCAAGGGAAGGGUGACAUCAAAAGCUAUGGUGAGGUGUUUAUGGGCAGAGGAAGGUCCCAGGUAUACAAACUAUACAUUCAUUCAUCAACAACACAAUGGCUUGUAUUAAAGCAUAGUAAGAGUAUCACUACUCAUUGAUUCCUUUAUGCUAUGACUGUUUGAUUAGUUUAGAAAUCAUAGAAGAAUGUUGUGAUGCAAGGUAUCCAUAAACUUGUAGUUCUAGGUUUCAUGUACCAUCACAUUGGGCUGCUCAAGGCAAUGAUAUAAUGCCUACUUGCUAAG